AGGCCGGGAAGCCCCGUAGCGGCCUUUUUGCUGGGUCGGAGACCGAGACGCCGCCAUAAUGACGGAUUGGGAGACGGCUCCGGCCGUGACCGAGACCCCGGAUAUCAAAUUAUUCGGGAAGUGGAGCACGGACGACGUCCAGAUCAACGACAUCUCCCUGCAGGAUUACAUCGCAGUGAAGGAGAAAUACGCCAAGUACCUGCCCCAUUCCGCGGGCCGAUACGCGGCCAAGCGUUUCCGCAAGGCGCAGUGCCCCAUCGUGGAGCGCCUCACCAACUCCAUGAUGAUGCACGGCAGGAACAACGGCAAGAAACUGAUGACGGUCAGGAUCGUCAAACACGCCUUCGAGAUCAUCCACCUGCUCACCGGGGAGAAUCCCCUGCAGGUUCUGGUGAACGCCAUCAUCAACUCUGGCCCCCGGGAGGAUUCCACUCGCAUCGGCCGCGCCGGCACCGUGCGCCGCCAGGCCGUGGACGUGUCCCCUCUCCGGAGGGUCAACCAGGCCAUCUGGCUGCUGUGCACGGGCGCUCGCGAGGCCGCCUUCAGGAACAUCAAAACCAUCGCCGAGUGCUUGGCUGACGAGCUCAUCAACGCUGCCAAGGUCUCCAAAAAUCCCAAAAAAAAUUCCUAAAAAUCC